AUGGCCUGUAACGUACCUAACCAAAGACAGCGGACUAUGUCAACAUCAGGAGAAAGUCUGUAUGAAAUUCUUGGUCUACAUAAGGGAGCAUCAUGCGAAGAAAUUAAGAAAACCUACAGAAAAUUAGCCCUGCGGCACCAUCCAGACAAGAAUCCAGAUGACCCAUCUGCUGCUGAGAAGUUUAAAGAAAUCAACAAUGCCCACACGAUCCUCACCGACACCUCAAAGAGAAACAUAUAUGACAAGUAUGGAUCGCUGGGGCUCUAUGUGGCCGAACAAUUUGGAGAUGAAAACGUUAACACAUACUUCAUGCUGUCAAGCUGGUGGGCAAAGACCCUGUUCAUCAUCAUUGGCCUCUUGACCGGCUGCUAUUUUUGUUGCUGCCUUUGCUGCUGCUGCAACUGUUGUUGUGGACAUUGUCGGCCCAAAUCAUCGACACCAGAAGAAGAGUACUAUGUGUCACCAGAGGACCUUGAGGAGCAGAUCAGAACUGACAUGGAGAAAGAUAUGGGCUUUCCAGUUGUUCUCCAGCCUACAAAUACAAAUGAGAAAACACAGCUAAUCAGAGAAGGAUCUCGAAGCUACUGCACAGACUCUUGAUGACGUGCCCGUGGGGGUCCUCAGCUCCUCAUCUUGGU